UGAAUAUCGUUUAUUAUGACAUCGGCUAUAAUGACCUAUCGGAUAUAGUGACCGGAAAGCUGCCCCUUGUUUGGUUUGCUAUGCGUACAAUGCUUUAUUAUAUCGCUUAUAGUGACAUCGAUUAUAAUCACAUAUCGGCUAUUAUGACCGGAUUUCUAUCAAAAUGAGGAAAAUAAUAUCGUAUAUAAUGACGAAACGUUAAGUAAACAGGAUGUUCUCCAGACAGGAAUCAUCAUGUCUGUAUUUAUUCUAGUUGAGCCGUAUUAUUGGUCAGUCUUUUAUUACGAAAUCGUGAAAUGUGCAUUCCUCUGAACAUUAUAGGCCUAUUCAGACAUUCAGUUCAAUUCACCCUUUCGUUCGGUUCGGUUGCAUCCUACAGUAUUUCGGUUUGAUGUGUGAUUGGAUUGUUACUGUAAAGUGUGUGUUAUAUUAGUGUGUGUAGUGCAUGUUUCAUUAAAUUUUACAAACAGAACUCUUAUUUUAAAUUGUAUACAGUGUUGAUAAUAUGGCUUCUUCCCGUAAGACUUUCACUAUUGAAGAAAAAUCGCACAUCAUUUGGCGAAUUGAGAAUGGUGAAGCAAAUAGGGACAUAGCGAAGGAAUUAGGGGUUGGACAUUCAACAAUUUCGGUAAUAUGGAAAAAUCGCGAUAAAAUUAAGCAGAGCUUCGAGACAAGUUCUAUGAAAUCAAAAAAACUUCGUCCUAGUCAAAACAAUGACGUAGAUCAAGCGUUGCUGAAAUGGUUCAAGAUACAAAGAGCGAAUAAUAUUCCUAUAAGCGGUCCAAUUUUGCAGAGUAAAGCAAAUGAUUUGGCUGAGAAGUUGGGUAGACCUCGCGAUAUUACAUCUGCAUGGAUACAACGAUUUCGCCAGCGCCAUGCAAUCACAAGUGGUAGAAUAAGUGGUGAGGCAGCAGCAGUUCCAACUGGUAUUCCUGAAGACUGGUUAAACAAUGUGUGGCCAAAAUUACGUGAUAUUUAUCCAGAUGAAAAAAUUUACAAUGCUGAUGAAACUGGAAUUUUCUUCAAACUGACUCCUGAAAAAACAUUACGUUUCAAAGGUGAAAAGUGCACGGGGGGGAAAUUGUCAAAAGACAGACUAACUGUUUUAGUUGCCGUGAAUAUGGAUGGGAGUGAUAAGCGCAAGCUGAUGGUUAUAGGGAAAAGUGCUAAACCUCGUUGUUUCAAAAAUGUUAAUUUAUUGCCAGUAACAUAUGAAAGUAACAAAAGAGCGUGGAUGACAAGUGAAUUGUUCGCUUCCUGGCUACGAAAAUGGGACAAUGAACUGAAAUUGAAAAAUGAUAAAAUAUUGUUGAUGGUAGAUAACUGUCCAGCACAUCCACAUGUUGAAAAUCUUACAUCUAUAAAGUUGGUGUUCCUCCCGCCUAAUACAACAUCUGUUUUGCAACCCUUGGAUCAAGGUGUUAUAAGGUCUCUGAAAGUCAACUAUCGGAAACGUCUCAUUCUACAAAUCAUUCAAGAUUUGGAUGAAGGAUGUGAAACAAAAGUCUCUGUACUCGACGCAAUUACAAUGUUAGAAAGAGCUUGGAAUGAAGUCACAUCCAUUACAGUGAAAAACUGUUUCAGACAUGCAGGAUUUUUAAUGCAGUCUGAUAACAUUAUUGAAUCUGCAUGCACAGAAGAGUCGUUACAAGAAUGGGGGAGAAGUUUGGCUCAACCAGUGUCUCAGGAUUUCUUUGAAGAGUAUGAAGAAGUAGACAAGGAUUUGGAAACGACGGCAGCUGUAAGUGAUGAGGAAUUGCUGACUUCGACUUUGAGAGAAGAAGACGACGUUACAAACACUGAGAAAGACAAUGAUAAUGAUGAGGAAAUCAAUCCACCAACACUGACUGAAGCUUGUAAAGCGAUCAAGACAAUUUGCCAAUUUCUUAGUGUCACAAAUACAGCAGAUGAAGCAACAAAAAAUGUUCUAUUUAAUCUAGAGAAACAGUUUCAAACAUCGUACUACAAUUCAAAGUGCAAAAAACAAACGAAAAUUACAGACUUUUUGAAAAAGACCUAAUUUUAACAUUUUUUUGAGUUCAAUUUUUUCUUAUUUUGAGUUCAAGUUUUUUUUUAUGAAACAUUGAAUUAUUUUCAAACUAAAAUGAAAUUUAUGAAGUAGCCUACUGAAGUUUUUGAACGGGCCAUAUUUGUAUACUGUAUUAACCGGGACUUUCAUUUGAAUGUGACUUCGUUUGUGAUUUCGUUUCAAUUUUCAUAAAAAUUAUUAAAAAUUUACAGUACAUUAUAAUAAUAUAAAGGACGUUUCAGUUUGGAAAGUGUGUUUACCUGGAAUAAAAUGCUGCAACGAAAACGUAAGUGUCAUUAUUUAUGCUGUUUUUUCACUAAUGUAUACUUUAGUACUUCCUGAGCCUAGUAUCGGAUAUAGUGACUAUCGGUUAUAGUGACCCAAAACUGAUGGUCCCUUGAAGGUCACUAUAAACGAUAUUCAC